AUGGACGCCACCAAUCUUGUUUCUCUCGUCGAGCACCUUGAAGACAACAUCGAUGAGCUGGAGGAAAAUCUGGAACCUUUGCUAUCCGCAGCCCUAACUGCGACCACGCAGAAGCUUCCCGUUCUUGACAAAGCCAAGCUCUACGUGCUGAUCGUCUACUCCAUCGAGUCUCUACUAUUCUCAUAUCUACGACUCAAUGGAGUCAAAGCAAAGGAUCAUCCAGUAUUCAAAGAACUGACGAGGGUGAAGCAAUACUUUGAGAAGAUCAAGAUCGCAGAAGAAGGUCCUGCCGAGCCAAGAAAGAACUUGAGUCUGAACAAGCAGGCCGCAGGCAGGGUCAUCAAACAUGCCUUGUCUGGCAAUGAGAAACAUGACCUCGAGCGCGCCGAAAGAGAAGCGAAAGAAAAGCUUAUGGCGAAGAGGAAAUUGCAGGUUAUGAACCAGAAAAAAGACAUAGAGGCAGAAACUACCUUGGACACCUCUGAAGACGAGUCGGAAGAGUACGACGGCGAAGCAGAGCAAGGUGAGCUGAAAGACACCAAUACUGUGUCUGACACACCAAAGCCUCUUGCCAAUCCAUCCAAUCAUAAGGACAAAACCGGAAAGAAGGACAAAAAGAAUGCUAAGCGAAAGUCAAAAAAGGCUGAGAAGCGCGCUAGAAAGCGCAAAAGAGGCCAGCAAGACCAAGGCGACCAAGCAACGAAGAAGAAAAAAGCGGGCAGGGGCAAGAAUAAGCAAGAUCGAAGUCCACCGGCUGACCGAACAUGGCUAUGA